AUGGACGCCAUUGAUGCCGCAAUCGACCCACUCAGAGAUUUCGCUAAGAGCAGUGUCCGUCUCGUCCAGCGCUGUCACAAACCCGAUCGCAAGGAAUUCACGAAAGUUGCUGUGCGUACGGCGAUUGGAUUUGUGGUGAUGGGAUUCGUCGGGUUCUUCGUCAAGCUCGUAUUCAUCCCAAUCAACAACAUCAUCGUUGGAACUUCUUAG